AUGUUUGUAUAUAAUAUUAAACCUGGGUCCAGUGAGGAAGAAGAGGAAGAAGAUGUUAUGGAUAUUUUGCAGAAAAGACGAGAAGAAUGCGAACGCAAAGCAAGGAGGGGGGAGAUGGACCCCCGUUUGGAGUUUACAUUCCAACUCCUUAUCGACGGGACGGGACUGCCAAGACAUGCUAUCAUGGAUCAUGUCUUUGAAGGAAACAUGUUAGACGAUAUCAACCAGCUUUUUCUCCCCCACAUGAGGAACAAACUUCUUUGGUAUUACCAAGAUGUGGAAGAAGUAGAACAGCGACUGCCAGUGGAGGGAACAAAGCCUCGACAGCAAGGCCAGGCGAAACUACCGCCCCCACAAGUGACGCUCAAGAAGAAAUUGUUCCUAUCAGAUGGUUGGGAUGUGAAGUUCACUGGCAUAUGCAUUUAUAUGUUCAGAAUCAACGUCAGCAAACAGUUACCAGAAGAAGGCUUCCAUAAAGACUUGUUUUGUGGAAUUUUAAACGCGGGCAAGGUGGGUUUGGUGACGGCGAUAGAACGUGUCAUGGAACACGUAUACAUGAACGCCCUGGCUCAUCCGAGUAGCGAUGGCGAUGAAGAUGAAACUAGAUUUCCAAUCGUGAAGAAUCAAUUACUGCCCGGACUCAGAUCUUUUUGUAGCGCUUUAAAAGUAUGUGAAGAUGUUUGCAAUCAAGUGAAUUUAUUUGACGAUGGCAAAGCUGUAAUGGCUAACUUACAAGAUCAUAAUGAACUAAAAGAGAUGACUAAAAACCCAAACACUAUUACUAUGCUAGAAGAAAGGGUGGAUGAGUGGGUGAAAAAAAUCAUGGAGAUACUCAGCGAGAGCGAGCAACUGCGUCGCGAAGUAGAUUCCAGCGGACCACAGGACGAGCUGGAAUACUGGAAGAAAAGAGGAGCGCAAUUCUCACAGCUGGUGUCGUACUUGCAGGAUAAUGAAGUUCAACUUACCCUGACAUGUUUACAACUGGCUAAUUCAAGAUCAAUUAAACUUUGGCGCGAUACUGAUCAUAAAAUAACAUUUUGUUACAAUGAAGCAAAGGAUAAUGCAAAGUUUAUUCAAGCCAUGGAAAAAUGUUGUCAUUCCCUUUACCUGGACGAUCCUGUUAAGAUAAACGAUUCAAUACUCAGCCUGUUACAAACCGUUCGUUUGAUACACAGCGUCUCACAAUUUUACAACACCUCGGAAAGAAUAUCAUCCUUAAUGGUCAAAAUAACGAAUCAAAUGAUUGAAACUUGUAAGCAGUACAUCACAAGUCGUUUUAAAGAAACUAUUUGGUCACAAGAACGCAUGGUGGUACGCGAGAAACUCUUGCAUUGUAUAAACUUGAACAAAACUUAUAGGGAUACAUAUAUUUACGUGAAGAAUCAACCUUUUUUACCUAACGUUGAACAGUUUAGCUUCUCCGAAAACUAUGUGUUUGGUAAAUUUGAUACUUUCUGCAAGAGAUUGAAUAAAAUCAUAGCAAUGUUUGAUAUGAUGGACGAUUAUAAUAACUUAUUUGAAAAAAGGAUGGAGGGAUUAUUACUUGGUGAAGAUUUGGAAGAUGCCAUGCAUGCUUUCCAAGAGGCUAAGAAAGCGGUCACCACGUGUCAGUAUGAUUAUUUAGAUUAUAGGAAUAAUGAAUUUGACAAGGACUAUCAAACAUUUGAAGCAAAAACUAACACACUUCGGGAAUCAAUUGGAAAUACAAUAGAAGUGAACUUCGCAAGUGUUUGGGAAACGCCACAAGGAAUAAAAUUUUUGACAAGAUUUGAAAAGGUCAGUCAAAAAAUUUUAAUAACAAAAUUAAAAGAAAAAUACGACAGAGUUUUAAAAUAUUGCGAAAAGGAAGUCGACAAAAUAAUGAAAAUGUUUAAACGUCAAAAAGAUGAUCCACCUUUACCAAGAAAUUAUUCACCAAUAGCAGGUCGCAUAAAAUGGGCGCGAUGUUUAAUGCACAACAUGACAGAGACGGUGGAAAGCGUGUGCUCGCACCCCGUACUGCGCGCGCUGCCCGCCGCCGCCGAUAUGAUGCGCAAGUAUUCGGCUACGCGCACCCUCAUUCACAACUACGAAGACACUAUGCGCGCUGUAUGGAUGAAUCAAAAUUUAUGCGAUGUUGAUGACAGUCUCAAUAAUACAUUAUUAAAAAUUGACGAAUCUGGUCGUGUAGCAGUCAAUUUGGAUCAUACCAUCAAACUAUUGAUAAGGGAAUCAGACUGCCUUGUUAAAAUGGACAUCGACUUGCCCAUCGUGUGUCACUCUCUGUAUGCCAAAAAGAACUACUUUACAAUCGUCAAUGAUUCACUGCAGUUUCUGCUGGAAGAUUAUCUCGCGACGCUGCGUCGUGUUAAGUUAGAAGUGAGACCACUCUUCUUACCUCAAGUGGUCCGACUUUCCUCUCUCUUGCUGCCCGGGUUGAAAACAGUAACGUGGACGAGUGAGGAUUGGAAAGAGUUCAUUGACCGCGCCAAUUCGGCCAUCAAAAGUUUCGAUGUGUUGGUGACGAGGGUACAUGACAUAUACUCAAAUAGAAUCAUUUAUGUGCUUGCUGGUAUGCAGGAAGUUUCCUUAGUGAAUUUACCAGAGAGCGAGGUACCUUGGUCCAUGGAGGAGUUUAUCGAACACGUAGAAUCUGGAAGCCGAAACGCCUGCGUGGAGUUGAACCGAAAGAGUUUGAUGGUGGAGGAAGCUGUCGAAGAGGUUUUGGACUUAGUAAAGAAGGCGGCUCAGCAAAUCAAGCCAACAGAAAUAAACCCCGACUUCGAGUUCCUUAUCGGUGAAGGUAUAAGCCUGAAAGUCAGCGGCCAGCAGGACUGGUCCGCAGUGUGGGAGUGCUUUGACAACCCUCACAAGUUGCUGUCAACACCCGCUGGUGGUCUCUCUAAAGGAAUGCAGGAAAUGGUGAAGAAUGCAGUCAGCGAAAUGCGUCGUUACUAUAGUAGAAAAGUAAUAGACGUGCUCAUCAAAGUGACACGACGAGGCUUGGACCUUAUAAUCAAGCAAUUCUCUAAGGAUAACGAAGCUACUGGUCAAAAGAAACCAAUGUUUCUGCUACAAGCGACAUUGAUGAUACCAAAUGUGUCAGUUAAACCAACACUUGAAGAAAUUCAAGAGGUCUUGGUUCUUGCUGGUAAACAUAUUUCCGGGUUAUCAAAAGGCGUCUCACAAUGGAGCGGAGGAAAAACAUCCAGGGUGAGUUGGAAGAAACUCGCGGUCAACCCAUCGAGCCAGUUAUUAGGAGUAGUUACCAAGCUUGACGAACAGGUCCAAUCAGUAAACAACAUGGCGACAAAAUCAAUGAGACUGGGUGAAGCGGCAAAAUUAAAAAAGAAGAAAUACUACAGAUUGCAAUCAGAGGAGAAACCGGUGUUUCCAUUGCAACAGAAAAAUUUCUACAGUCAUGUUAUGGAGAACAAAGAGAUUGUUAAAACUUUGUCAUUAUUAUCAACGUGUACGCAAAAUGUUAAGAUUGAACUGAAUACCCUUGUAAAACGCUGGAGACCAUAUCACUAUUUAUGGAAAUGUGAGAAAACUCUUCGUCAAUUAUUAGCAUGGACAUUAAAUGAUUUUGAAAUUGCUUUGAAGAGACACAGUGAAUUAGAAGCAAAGCUUUAUACGGAACCGGAUGUGUUGAUUAUAGGAAAUUGCUUGGCAGUGUCAACAGAGAAGCUUAAAUUAGGUCUGAACACAGAACUUAAAAAUGGUACGUACAGAAUAAGUCAAGCGAUGCGCAAAAAGUACAAACGCGAAAUGGACUACGUUUAUGCGAUAAUGAAUGAUUUAGAACGCAAGCUUGAAAGACCAAUAAGGGAUUUAGACGAUGUAAGAACUGUUAUGGAAACGUUGAAGAAAAUUCGAGAACAAGAAGUUGAUAUGGAACUCAAGAUUGACCCAGUUGAGGAAGCAUUUAACGUCAUCACCCGUUACGAGCUACCAGUAAGCAAAGAGGAUAUAGAGCAAGUUGACAAUCUUCGGUACACCUGGCAACAGUUGCAAGCGACCGCUCUCGCUUCCCACGUGCAACUGCUUAAGAUGCAGCCGCAAUUCGAAGACGACCUCAAGAACAAUUUGGAUAGGUUUCGCGACGAUAAUACUGAUUACUGCCACGAGUACAGACACGCUGGUCCGAUGCAGCCGGGCUUGAGUCCUCGUGAGGCCUCCGACCGACUGAUAUUAUUCCAGAAUCGAUUUGAUGGUAUGUGGAGAAAACUGCAGACGUAUCAAAAUGGGGAAGAAUUGUUCGGCUUGCCUCAUACUGAGUAUCCAGAACUCGCGCAAAUCAGAAAGGAACUAAAUUUGCUCCAAAAACUUUACAAACUCUACAAUGACGUGAUAGACAGAGUGAGCAGUUACUAUGACAUACCGUGGGGUGAAGUAAACAUUGAAGAAAUUAACAAUGAACUUAUGGAAUUUCAAAAUAGGUGUAGAAAAUUACCUAAAGGAUUAAAAGAAUGGCCAGCAUUCUACGCGUUAAAGAAAACAAUUGAUGAUUUUAACGACAUGUGCCCUCUUCUCGAGUUGAUGGCAAAUAAAGCGAUGAAGCCGCGUCACUGGCAACGGAUUAUGGAAGUCACCAAAUAUAAUUUUGAACUCGAUAACGAAGAUUUUUGCUUGAAAAACAUUUUAGAAGCACCAUUGCUCCAAAACAAAGAGGAUAUUGAGGAUAUUUGUAUAUCCGCGAUGAAAGAAAAGGAUAUCGAAGCUAAGUUGCGUCAAGUUACAAAUGAGUGGUCGGUGCACGAACUCACUUUCCAAACAUUUAACAAUCGUGGCGAGUUACUACUCCGCGGCGACACCACAGCUGAGACAAUUGGCCAGCUUGAAGAUAGUCUUAUGAUCUUGGGAUCCCUUUUAUCAAACAGAUAUAAUGCACCGUUCCGAAAGCAGAUACAACAGUGGCUAUUCGACUUGCAGAGCACAAAUGAGAUCCUUGAACGAUGGCUGCUCGUGCAAAAUAUGUGGGUGUACCUAGAGGCAGUCUUUGUUGGUGGCGACAUUGCAAAACAGCUUCCAAAAGAAGCUAAGCGUUUCUCUAAAAUUGACAAAUCCUGGCAAAAGAUUAUGCAACGAGCUCACGAGACUCCCGGCGUUGUUUCUUGCUGUGUUGGAGAUGAUCUUCUGCGACAACUCCUGCCCCAUCUGCAGGAGCAAUUGGAACUCUGCCAGAAGAGUUUAAGCGGCUACUUAGAGAAGAAGAGAACUAUGUUUCCAAGAUUCUUCUUUGUGUCAGAUCCAGCUUUACUUGAGAUUUUGGGUCAGGCAUCGGAUUCACAUACAAUACAAAAUCAUUUACUAUCUAUAUUUGACAAUAUUAGAUACGUGAAAUUCCAUGACAUCGAAAUUAAACUCGAGAGACCGGUACGAGCUGAGGGUUCUGUAGAAACAUGGUUGACGUCCCUACUGCAAUCUGCUCAAAGUAGUCUGCACUCGAUUAUACGUAAUGCUGUGUCAGUUCUCAAUGAUCCUUCUUUCAAUUUAUUACUGUUCCUUGAUAAAAUGCCGGCGCAAGUCGGGCUGCUAGGAAUACAAAUAAUUUGGACACGGGACGCAGAAUUAGCUUUGAUGCAAGCUCGACAAGAUAAGAAGAUAAUGAUGGAAACUAACAACAAAUUUUUGGAACUUCUAAACACUCUCAUAGACCAAACAACAAGAGACCUGCAUAAAAUUGAACGCAUCAAAUUUGAAACCCUUAUCACCAUACAUGUCCACCAAAGAGAUAUAUUUGAUAUGUUGUGUCGUCUCAACGUGCGAUCAGCGAAUGACUUCGAGUGGUUGAAGCAGUGUCGCUUCUAUUUCAAGGAGGACGCAGACAAGACAUGGAUCUCGGUAACAGAUGUCACUUUUGCUUACCAAAAUGAAUAUUUGGGCUGCACCGAAAGAUUGGUCAUCACGCCGUUGACAGACCGAUGCUAUAUAACAUUAGCUCAAGCAUUGGCUAUGAGCAUGGGCGGAGCGCCUUGCGGUCCCGCAGGCACAGGGAAAACAGAAACUGUCAAAGAUAUGGGCAAAACUCUGGCUAAAUAUGUCGUAGUCUUCAACUGUUCCGAUCAAAUGGAUUACAGAGGCCUCGGCCGUAUUUACAAAGGUUUGGCACAAUCGGGUUCUUGGGGUUGUUUUGAUGAGUUCAAUCGUAUUGAGUUGCCUGUACUGUCAGUGGCUGCGCAACAAGUUGCCGUCGUCCUGGCAGCUAAGAAAGAAAAGAAAAAGACCUUUUUGUUCACAGACGGAGAUAUGUCUGAUAUGUGCCCGGAGUUUGGUAUAUUUAUUACAAUGAACCCGGGCUACGCUGGACGUAAAGAGCUUCCAGAAAAUCUGAAGAUUCAAUUUCGUACAGUAGCUAUGAUGGUGCCAGACAGACAAAUCAUCAUCAGGGUAAAGUUGGCUUCAUGCGGUUUUCUUGAGAAUAUCACACUUGCUCGAAAGUUUUACACGCUUUACAAAUUGUGUGAGGAACAGUUAACAAAACAGGUUCACUAUGAUUUUGGACUUCGAAACAUUCUAUCAGUUUUGAGAACUCUAGGUGCUGUAAAGCGAAUUAAUUCAAAAGACAAUGAAAGUACGAUCGUGAUGCGUGUCCUACGAGAUAUGAAUUUAUCUAAAUUGAUAGACGAAGAUGAACCAUUAUUUAUAUCUUUAGUAGCUGAUCUAUUUCCUAAUCAAGUAUUGGAAAAAACUACAUACCCCGAACUAGAAGACGCAAUAAGGAAACAAGUUGAUCAAGCUGGUUUAAUCUAUCAUCCACCAUGGGUGUUGAAGAUUAUACAGCUUUACGAGACACAGAGGGUACGACAUGGUAUUAUGAUUCUGGGUCCACCUGGCGCCGGGAAAACAACGUGUAUUCAUACCUUGAUGACUGCUUUAUCUAACAUAGAAGACCCGCACAAAGAAAUGCGUAUGAAUCCUAAAGCUAUAACUGCGGCGCAAAUGUUUGGACGUCUAGAUGUUGCCACAAACGACUGGACCGACGGUAUAUUCUCAGCUCUAUGGCGAAAAACAUUAAAAAUCAAAACAGGAGAACAUAUUUGGUUGGUUCUCGACGGUCCGGUAGACAGCAUAUGGAUUGAAAAUUUGAAUUCAGUGCUUGAUGAUAAUAAAACACUGACUUUAGCUAAUGGUGACCGAUUGACAAUGUCUCCUACUUCAAAAAUUAUUUUCGAACCAGAAAAUAUCGAUAACGCCUCUCCUGCAACCGUUUCUCGUAAUGGAAUGGUAUACAUGAGUUCUUCAGGCUUGGAUUGGGAGCCAGUCCUCAGCGCAUGGCUUAUGUCAAGAUCUCAAAGGGAAAUAGAAGUUUUUAGUGCUCUAUUUGAACAGACAUUUCUAAGUACCUACACAUGGUGUACUCAGAAUCUUACCUUCAGUAUGCGAGUACUUCAGAGCAACAUAGUUUUUCAAAUGCUUAAUAUAUUAGAAGGUCUAGUACCACCACAGAUCGUAGAAGUAGAAGAACCUUCAGCAAAUAAAUCGGUAAAUGGUGACUUAGACGAUGAAGAAGAAAAGGAAAAAUCGGAAGAAAUUAUUCUCUUUACGCAUGAACAUUUACAUAAAAUUUAUAUUUUUGCAUUGAUAUGGGGAUUUGGAUCACUUCUUGAAACAGAAGAUAGAGCUAGGUUUGAUAAGCAUAUUAAAACAUCUUUCGUGGACAUUCUGGAACUACCAAAACACCCAAGUAAUAAACCUAGUAUUGUUUUUGACUUUUAUGUGAAACAUCCUGGUAAAUGGGAGUUAUGGGAUGAUUUGAUGACUAACUAUCAAUAUCCUGACACCGCAACACCUGAUUAUUCGAGUAUCCUAGUUCCAAUUGUAGAUAACGUGAGAAUUAAUUAUCUUAUACAUUGUAUUGCAAAACAAGGAAAAGCAGUACUUCUUUUAGGCGAACAAGGAUCAGCGAAAACGGUUAUGAUGAAAGCCUAUAUGAAAAAUGCUAACCCAGAACAAUUCAUGGGUCGUUCAUUUAAUUUUUCCUCUGCAACGAGUCCUUAUCAAUUCCAAAAAACUAUAGAAAGCUACGUCGAAAAACGUAGUGGCAUGACUUUUGGUCCACCGGGAGGUAAAAAAAUGUUAGUGUUUAUAGAUGACAUAAAUCUUCCACAAAUAAAUGAAUGGGGUGAUCAAAUAACAAAUGAAAUUGUAAGGCAGACAAUGAGCAUGGGAGGAUUUUAUAGUUUGGAAAAACCUGGAGAUUUUACUACAAUUGUGGAUAUUCAAUUCUUAGGUGCUAUGGGACAGCCAGGUGGGGGACGAAACGAUAUUCCAGCACGUUUGAAGAGACAAUUUUCUAUAUUCAACUGUCCUUUGCCUAACAAUGAAUCAAUAGAUAAAAUUUUCAAAGUCAUAGGUGAAGGUCAUUAUAAUGUUAAACGUGGUUUUACUGCAGAAGUAAGAUCUCUCAUAAAACGUGUAAUACCUUUAACAAGAGAACUAUGGACACGAACGCGCCAGAAACUAUUACCUACACCAGCUAAGUUCCAUUAUGUAUUUUCGUUAAGAGAUUUGUCAAGAGUUUGGCAAGGUAUGGUAGGGACCUUGCCGACUGUAAUCGAAUCGGAAAAGUGUCUCAUGCUGUUAUGGAAACACGAAUGUUCCCGAGUGUUUUCAGACAGGUUUACACAUCAAGCUGAUAAAGAUUGGUUCAAUGGCGCCCUGUACGAAAUUGCUACAGAUGUAUUGGGUGUGGAAUACAAAAAAAUGAUGGAUAAAGAUCCCGUAUUUGUUGAUUUUAUGAGGGACGCACCGGAACCGACUGGUGAAGAAGGUGAGGAUGCUGAUAUGGAGUUGCCGAAGGUUUAUGAGCCGGUGUUUGAUUUUGAAGAAUUACGGGACAGAUUAGACAUGUUUCUAUCGCAAUUCAAUGAAAUGGUCAGAGGCUCUGGAAUGGAUUUGGUGUUUUUCCCUGACGCAAUGCUUCAUUUAGUAAAAAUAUCUCGAGUUAUAAGACACCCCAGAGGAAAUGUAAUGCUAGUGGGCGUAGGAGGGUCUGGCAAGCAAUCGCUAACAAAACUAUCAACUUUUAUUGCUGGAUAUCGUUCCUUCCAAAUAGCUUUAACAAGAUCAUACAAUGUCGGUAACUUUUUAGAAGAUCUUAAGUUAUUAUACAGAUCAUGUGGUGUACAAGGUAAAGGAACUACAUUUAUAUUUACUGAUUUGGACAUUAAAGAAGAAGGCUUUUUGGAAUAUUUAAAUAAUAUAUUAUCUUCUGGGGUCAUAUCUAAUUUGUUUACCAAGGAUGAACAGCAAGAAAUUAUUUCGGAACUAACACCAAUUAUGAAGAGAGAAAACCAGAAGCGAACUUUAACUAAUGAACUAGUAAUGGAGUAUUUUCUUAACAGAACCUGCCAAAACCUUCACGUUGUUUUAUGUUUCUCGCCAGUUAGUGAAGCAUUUAGGUAUCGAGCUUUACGUUUUCCUGCUCUUAUAUCUGGUUGUACUAUUGACUGGUUUCAACCUUGGCCAAAAGAUGCUCUAGUAUCUGUUGCGGACCAUUUUCUGGCAGAAUUUGAGAUAGAGUGCACUAAAGAAGUUAAAAAAGAACUCGUAACAGUCUUAGGGACGAUUCAAGAUGUUGUAUCUAAAGUAUCUACAGACUAUUUCCAACGAUUUAGAAGGUCGUCUCAUGUAACACCAAAAUCAUAUCUUAGCUUUAUAGGAGGUUACAAAACUAUUUAUCAAAUGAAGCAAAAAGAACUAGGGGACGGGGCACUGAGAAUGGAUACUGGAUUAGAAAAGCUUCGUGAAGCUUCCAUUUCUGUUGAAGUUUUAAAGAAAGAUUUAGCGGUUAUGGAACAAGACUUAGCUUUAGCAUCUGAAAAAGCUGACCGAGUACUGACUGAAGUUACUGAGAGGGCUAUGCAAGCAGAGAUAGUAAAAAAUCAAGUGCAAAUAGUUAAAGAAAAAGCCGAAGCCUUAGUAGCUUACAUUGCUGAAGAAAAAGAGAAAGCUGAAAUUAAAUUAGAAGCGGCUAAGCCCGCUCUUGAAGAAGCAGAAGCGGCUCUUAAUACAAUAAAACCAGCACACAUUGCUACUGUCAGAAAGUUGGGUCGGCCACCACAUCUUAUUAUGAGAAUUAUGGACUGUGUACUAAUUUUAUUCCAACGCAGAUUGCAUCCGUUAAUACCAGAUACUGCUGCACCUUGCCCGAAACCUUCGUGGGCCGAGUCCCUUAAGAUGAUGGCGAGUACAACAUUUCUUCUACAAUUACAAAACUAUCCAAAGGAUAUUAUCAAUAACGAAAUGGUAGAACAUUUAGUUCCAUAUUUUGAAAUGGAAGACUAUAAUAUGGAUACCGCUAAACGUGUUUGCGGGGACGUUGCUGGUUUACUUUCCUGGACAAAAGCAAUGGCAUUCUUUCACAGCGUUAACAAGGAAGUUUUGCCUCUAAAGGCAAAUCUUUUAUUGCAAGAAGCAAGAUUAAAAGUGGCUAUGGAAGAUUUAGCAUCUGCAGAAAGACAACUGGAAGAGAGAGAAAUGUCGCUGCGAAAAGUCAAGGAACAGUAUGAGUCAGCAGUAUCUGAGAAACAACAAUUAACAGACGCGGCCAAUGUUUGUCUGAGGAAAAUGACAGCAGCUACAGCCUUGAUAAAUGGCCUAGGAGGCGAAAAAAUAAGAUGGACACAACAAAGUAAAGAUUUUAAAGAACAACUUGGUAGAUUGGUUGGUGAUGUUGUAUUGGCAACAGGAUUUUUGUCAUAUUGUGGACCGUACAAUCAAGAAUUCAGAAAUAGCCUGUUCAAUACGUGGAUGGGAAUUCUUCAGAGUAAACAUAUACCAGUCACAGAUAAUUUAAACAUCACAAAUAUGUUAGUAGAAAGUGCCACUAUAUCUGAGUGGACUCUUCAAGGUCUACCAAAUGAUGAACUUUCCGUUCAAAAUGCUUUAAUUGUUACAAAGUCUAGCUCAUAUCCUCUGUUAGUUGAUCCACAAAGCCAAGGUAAAAAUUGGAUCAAGAAUAAAGAAAGCACUAACGAACUUCAAAUUACUUCAUUGAAUCAUAAAUAUUUUAGAACACACCUUGAAGAUAGUUUAUCUCUCGGAAGACCACUUUUGAUUGAGGAUGUUGGCGUAGAACUAGAUCCAGUCAUAGAUAACGUUUUAGAAAAGAAUUUCAUUAAAUCAGGUUCUAUUGAAAAAGUUAUAGUAGGUGAUAAGGAAUGUGACGUGAUGCCGGGCUUCAUGCUUUACAUUACAACUAAAUUGCCGAAUCCUGCUUACUCUCCAGAAAUUAGUGCAAAAACAUCGAUCAUAGAUUUCACAGUCACAAUGCAAGGUCUGGAGGACCAGUUGUUGGGUCGAGUAAUAUUAAUGGAAAAAUCAGAUUUGGAAGAAGAACGAGUUGCUCUUUUUGAAUCAGUGAUGAAAAAUCAAAGAAGUAUGAAAGAGUUGGAAAGCAAUUUGCUAUGCCGACUGACAUCAUCCGAAGGAUCUUUAGUCGAUGAUGAAGCGUUAAUUCAAGUUUUACAGAUAACUAAAACCACAGCUGAAGAAGUGAAUGAAAAAUUGAUAGUAGCUGAAGUAACCGAAAAGAAAAUCAUCAAAGCUAGAGAAGAAUUUAGGGCUGUUGCUGCUAGAGGUUCUAUUUUAUAUUUUUUGAUUGUUGAAAUGAGUGAUGUAAACAUUAUGUACCAAAAUUCUUUGAAGCAAUUCCUAAAUAUAUUUGAUAAUUCUAUAACUAAGUCAACAAAGAGUAAUGUUACCGAAGAAAGAAUAAACUUGAUACUGAAAUACCUUACGCAUGAAGUAUGGGCCUUUACUUUGCGAAGUUUAUACGAGAGGCACAAAGCUCUGUUUACUUUGAUGUUAGCCAUGAAAAUAGACUGCCAUCGAGGUCUAAUAUCUCAUGACGAAUUCAUGGCUUUUGUAAAGGGUGGUGCAUCACUUGACUUAAAUGCCGUUACGCCAAAGCCAUUUAAAUGGAUUUUGGAUAUAACUUGGCUUAAUUUGGUUGAAAUUAGUAAAUUGAAAAUAUUUUCAGACGUUCUUCAAAAAAUAGCAACAAAUGAAAAAGAGUGGCGGGUGUGGUAUGAAAAGGCAAAACCUGAGGAAGAGACGAUCCCAUCCGGUUACAACGAGAGUCUCGAUGUUUUUCGUAAGUUACUGCUGAUAAGAUCCUGGAGUCCUGACCGAACAUUGUCACAAGCGCGCAAGUAUAUAGUCGAUUCGCUUGGUGCUGAAUACGGAGAAGGGCGAAUCCUAAACCUCGAAAGUACUUGGCAAGAGUCUGAACCUCGAACACCGCUCAUUUGCAUACUAUCAAUCGGAUCAGAUCCUUCUGCCCAAAUUGCGACAUUGGCUAAGUCAAAAGAUAUUGUUUUGAAAGCAGUCUCAAUGGGUCAGGGCCAAGAAAUCGUAGCCCGUAAGAUGAUUUCAGACUCGAUGAGUGAAGGAGGCUGGGUGUUGUUGCAAAAUAUUCAUUUGUCUCUACCGUUUUGCGUCGAAGCUAUGGAUGCCCUGAUUGAAACUGAACACAUCCAAGAAUCUUUUCGACUUUGGCUCACAACUGAAGUGCAUACAGAUUUUCCAAUAGGUUUGCUGCAGAUGGCAAUCAAAUUUACUAACGAGCCACCUCAAGGAAUUCGAGCCAGCAUGAAAAGAACUUAUCAAAAUAUCACCCAAGAUACUUUGGAUUAUUCUUCUCUAUCCCAAUGGCCUCCACUACUAUAUGCUGUUGCAUUUUUGCACACUAUCGUGCAAGAAAGAAGGAAAUUUGGACCUUUGGGGUGGAAUAUUCCUUAUGAGUUUAAUCAAGCUGAUUACGCUGCGAGCGUCCAAUUUAUUCAGAACCAUUUAGACGAAAUUGACCCGAAGAAAGGAAUUUCAUGGCCUACUAUUUGUUACAUGCUCGGAGAGGUACAAUACGGUGGUCGGGUGACUGAUGAUUUCGACAAACGUUUACUGACCACAUUUACUAACGUAUGGUUUUGCGACGUGCUUCUAAGACCAGGUUUUGAAUUCUACAAAGGUUACAAAGUGCCACAAACGAGGAAUAUACAAGGAUACGUAGAUUACAUAAACCAAUUGCCUUUGACUGAUACUCCUGAAGUAUUUGGAUUGCAUGGUAAUGCAGACAUUACAUAUCAGAUAAACAGCGCUAAAGAUAUAUUGGAUACUAUACUUAGUGUUCAACCUAAAGAAGGAGGCAGUCAGGGAGGUGAAACUAGAGAAAGUAUAGUAUAUCGUUUAGCUGAAGAUAUGUUGGAAAAACUACCUAAACAGUAUGUCACUUUCGAAGUUCGAGAGGCUCUACAAAAGAUGGGCGCAUUUUUACCAAUGAAUAUUUUCUUAAGGCAAGAGAUUGACAGAAUACAGCGAGUCAUAAAAACAGUAUUCACGACUUUAUGCGAUUUGAAACUGGCGAUUGAUGGUACAAUCGUGAUGAGCCAAGGGCUACGAGAAUCUUUAGAUGCUAUGUACGAUGCAAGAAUACCCAGUCAAUGGUCGAAGGUAUCAUGGGAAUCAGCAACUUUAGGGUUUUGGUACACUGAGCUAUUGGAACGAGAGCAGCAGUACAGAGCGUGGCUGCGAAAUGGCAGACCUCAUACAUUUUGGAUGACAGGCUUUUUUAAUCCACAAGGCUUUUUGACAGCUAUGAGACAGGAAGUAACCAGGAGUCAUAAAGGAUGGGCUUUAGAUUCUGUCGUCUUACAAAAUCAUAUAACGAAGCUCAAUCGUGAGGACGUACAUGAGGGACCGUCGGAAGGGGUUUAUGUUUACGGCUUGUUUCUUGAAGGCGCUUCUCUUGACAGAAAAACGGGCAAGCUGAUUGAAUCCAAACCCAAAGUUCUUUAUGAGAAGCCCCAACGAACCGACGCCAAGUACGUCGGCUCAAUAGACUUUGAAACAGACAGCAAUCCCAGACAUUGGACCUUACGAGGAGUAGCUCUACUUUGCGACAUAAAAUAAAAGCAAUAAAAUUUUACAACACUUUUAAUAUCAAUGAAAA